AAUCGCAUCUUUAUAUAUUUUUUUGUCAUUUCAGUGCUUCGAGAUGAAUUUCGCUUCGAACCUCAAAGCUCCCGAGUUGCUGCAGGAGAAGACAUAGUUUUGGAGUGUUCUCCUCCAAAAGGGGUUCCCGAGCCUCACGUAUUCUGGAGGAAAGACGGGCAAUCUCUCGUCGUCGAAGGGAGGCUGAAACUUGUCGAUGGUUACAAUUUGGCAAUAACCGAUACCAAAACUUCGGAUGACGGAAAGUAUCAGUGCGUCGCCAAAAAUACGGCAGGCAUAAGGGAAUCUGCUGCGGCAAUAUUGAAAGUUUAUGUUAAACCAUUCAUGAUACGUCCUCCUGAAGACAUAACAGCUCUGGUUGGUUCCACGGUGGAAUUCUCUUGUGCUACAGGAGGGGAUCCCAUUCCAGAUGUUCUGUGGCGCAGAACGGCAUUAGGAGGGACCAUGCCCCUUGGCAGGGUCAGAGUAAUGGAGGAUCGUACUCUGCGUUUGGAACAGAUCACUUUACUGGAUCAAGGACGAUACUUCUGUGACGCUGACAACUUCGCCGGAGCAAUCACUGCAUCAGCAAUGCUGACGGUACAUGCACCUCCUGCCUUCACAACUAGACCCCAAGCCCAAACGGUGGAGAUGGGACAUGACGUUACGUUCCACUGUAACGUCCAAGGUAGUCCCCCGCCUUUCGUUUUCUGGUCGUUCGAAGGUGAUAGGGCUUUGGUAUACACGGGAAGCACCUACGGCAACUACGAAGCCUUCACCAGUGCUGAAGGACAUUCGAGUCUCCUUUUGAAAGACGCGCAAAUACACGACUCUGGUACCGUAGUUAUUUGUUCUGCUAUAAAUGCCGCCGGCUCAGCCUCCACCAGAACAAGACUCACGAUAACGUCUAAAGAAGACCGUCCUCCUCCAGUCAUUCUCAAUGGUCCAGUCAAUCAAACUCUACCCAUAGACUCGGUGGCGUACAUGUCCUGUGAAGCACAUGGAAAUCCCAAGCCUGUCAUAUCAUGGUACAAGGAAGGCGUUCCAGUUUCAGAAUCGCAUCGCAUCAAUAUGUCCAAUCCAAAUCAUCUGGAGCUUUAUAAUCUUCAAAAAGAAGAUUCUGGACCCUACACAUGUGUAGCUUCCUCAAGAGGUGGUAAAGCAACUUGGACUGGUUAUCUGCUCGUUGAAAAUCCCAAAAAUCCCAACAUCAACUUCUUCAAGGCACCAGAACCUGUCAUGUUACCUGGCCCUCCAAGCAGACCCCAUGCUUUGAACCAAUCAGAAGGAAGCGUUACUAUCACCUGGGGUCAGAAUAACAAAAUAGGAUCCUCUAGCUUAUUAGGCUAUCAGAUUGAGCUUUUUGGUCGAGAAGAAGGUGUUACUCCCACAUGGACUAUUGUAGCUAGGAGAAUAGCGGGUCCAACAUUCACACAACACCUUCUUUCAGCUGGUGUACCGUACACAUUCCUAGUUCGCGCUGAAAAUGCCCAUGGACUUGGUCCACCGUCUCAGCUUUCUGAGCCUAUUGUGGUCGGUCCAGAUUCUACCCAGAACUGGGGUAAUCCGGAAGUCACUGUUCUUAGUGAAGCCAGAGCCAAUUUGGUCAACAGCAAUAUUGCCAAACUCAUAGAGGCAAUUCCUUUGACAUCUACCUCUAUCAAAUUAAUUUGGAAUAUUUCCGACUCCACCUAUGUUGAGGGGUUGUACAUUUACUACAUAGGACUGGAAGAAGAUCCUCAGUCACCAAAAAGUUACAGUAUGCUCACUGUUCUCCAUACCGGAAGUACAUCCAGCUUCACUGUUAACAAUUUGGAAAAAUGGGCCAUUUACGAGUUUUUCCUAGUGCCUUUCUUCAAGACUGUCGAGGGUCAUCCUUCUAACUCCAAGACCAUCAGGACUCUUGAAGAUGUUCCUUCUGAGCCUCCGUUCCAUAUGGAGGCCCUUUUGCUCAACUCUACAGCAGUCUUUCUCAAAUGGAAACCUCCCCCGGCAGUGUCCUUGAAUGGCGAGCUUCAGGGUUUCAAAGUCGAAAUAAAAACGAAUGGUUCUGAUGUUAUUAAAACCAUGACAGUUGGAAAAAAGGCAUCCAGUCUCCUUCUUGGAAAUUUAUCGCCAGGAAUAUCAUAUUACGUCAAAGUAGCUGCCAGUACUAGAGCUGGAGUUGGUCCAUUCAAUGCGGCGGCUACGUUGAGAUUAGAGCCGGCAUCCAGAAUAUCUGAUAAUUUCCAAAGACCGAUAGAUGCAGAUAUGCAAUCCGGAGACUUCAUCACUGAAACGUGGUUCAUGGCUCUCCUGAUAAGCAUGGUAUCCGUGAUGGUUCUACUUUUUGGAGCGAUGAUCUUUGUGAGACGAAGACAGAUGCUGUCCAAGAAAAGUAUGACCCCCAGCCGCUCUAAUGGUGGAGUUCUGACGACUCCCCUAGACUCCAAACACGAAGCUCCCCUAUGGAUGGACAAGGACAACCUUCCCGACUAUGCCAACACCCUACCAGAGUACUCCAAGCUGACACCAAGAGAGCACCAGAGGACGGAGUAUGUUUUCAAUGGAGUUACCGGCAGCGCUUUUGGAAGCGUCAAUUUGCGUUCGAAUCCUCUGCAUCAGAGCGAAUUCGCGCGACCCGAUAAUUUGCAGUAUAGUUCGGAAAAAUAUUACCCAGUGACAGGGAGGAAGUUUGACGAUUUUCCUAAUAUGCAAGUGCAGGAGUACGCCAGCCCGAAUUUGGAUACCAAGAUGUCUCAAGUUCCUGAUUAUGCGGAAGUGAAUGCAAAUAUGAUGGAUAAUGAUAGCGGAGCUGUUUCUCCGGCACCUUAUGCCACUACGACUUUGGUUGCUGCAGGAAAGAGAACGAAAUGGAACAACUUUUCUUCAAACACCGACGAUGAGAAUCCAUAUCCCUCAGCUAACGGAGGUUACUACAACAGAAAAGUCUACUCGGAUUCAUACUUCUCUCCUAUCCACACUCUCAGAAGGAACAAGAACCCAAAGAAACCACAUGAGAACCCUCCAGAUAUUGUGUCGCCCUCCAGCGCCUCUGGCCAACCAGUAUACGCAAGAGUCGGUCCUCCAGGUCUUUCUUGGAGGAGUGACGCCCCCUCCAUGAGUAGCUUCACUCCACACAAACAGGUCUAUCAUGGUUCUACCAGGUCAGAACCAGGUAACAUGUAACUUUUUCAGUUGUACAUUUCUGAUUUAUUGUGAUUAUUUUGUCACAUUAUUGUAGUAUUUGUUGGUUGUAGAGACCAUGUAACGAAACAUUUUUUCACUGCCAAUGACUAGAACCUAUGACAUUGAAUCGAUAAUUUAGUUUCUAUAGUUCGAUAGUUUAGUUUGUUAGUUUGUUCAAGUUUUUCAGAUUUUUGAAUUAUCCUUAUCUCAAAUGUAGAAUUCAACAUGUUCAAAUUGAUGAAAUUUCAAGUGAACCAAACGAAUUUACAUUUAGUGUUCCACAAAGCACAAUAUUAGGACCACCUUUGAGCCAUAUUUGCACCAACAACCUAUGCUGAAGAAAGUAUCAUAAUUCACCACUUAAAAAACUGAAACAAUAGACCCAAAUAUUUUGUACCAACAUUAGCAAGUGUAUUUGCAUUUGAUGUUCCACAAGAAGCAGUAUUAGGUCCACUUCUUUUUAAUAUCCACGUUAUUAAGUGAAAAUUUCGAGAUUAAAUUCGUAAUUUCGAGGUUAAAGUCGUAAUUUUGAGUUUAAAGGCGUUAUUUCGAAAUUACGAGAUUGAAGUUGAAUUUUCGAGAUUGAAUUUCAAGAUCAAAGUCGUAAUUCCGAGAUUAAAGUCGUAAUUCCGAAAUUGAAGUCGUAAUUUCGAAAUCGAAGUCGUAAUUUUGAGUUCGAAGUCGUAACUUCGAGAUUUCGAGAUUAAAGUCGUUAU